UCGAUAACAGGUGAAUCGGUAUCGGGUGGUUGAAAGUAAAGUUAAAAAAUUAAAUUGUGUAAUUGCUGUAUGAAAACACCAGCCCGCUCGCCCGAUGGAUCCCAAUUUGCGUAACCUCAAGGACUUUCUCACCUUAUACAACAAAGUGACGGAACUGUGCUUCAGCCGAUGCGUGGAUAAUCUCAGCCAGCGCGACCUGGGCGGCCAGGAGGACAUGUGCGUGGACAGGUGCGUCACCAAGUUCGCCCGCUUCAAUCAGAAUAUGAUGAAGGUCUAUGUGGAUGUGCAGACGACGAUUAAUGCCAAGCGCGUGGAGGAGGUGGAGGAGAACGCCCGCAAGUUGGAGCAGCAGCAGAAGGAGCAGCGACUGAAAGAGGCGGCCGCCGCCACCACCACAGUGCUCACUCCCGUCCAACCGCCCGUCGCCGGCAACCUGUCCAUGUAGCAGCAGAAUCCGCAGCUGCUGUUCUCCAUCCUGGACAGCUAAUCGCGGCAACCACACAGCCCCCUUCUCUACAACACCACAAACAACCUAUUACCCUCUUCUCCUGAU